ACACAGUGCCAGUCUGUCUGCGGCGCUCUCAUUCACACUUCUCCUGCUCUCCUCUCUGGUCUUAUGUCCGCCUCUUACUUGCCUGCCUGCCGCCCCCCUCCCAGCUUUCCCCUCCUACCGCUUGGACUGCAGCAGCCUCUCCUCUGCCUCUUGUCUUUCUCCCAGCAGCCUCUGCAGGUGAAGGAUCUCCCUCCGGUGAGAAGCCACACUCCCCUCGGCAGCCCUCUCCAGCACGGCCAGCCUGCUCGACGCUUGCCUGCGGUACACCUGCGUGCACACACACACACACACAGGGAUGUCAUGCCGAGUGUGGCAAUGAGCGAGGUGGAUUUACAUGAAGGACAGCGCGGUGCACAGAUCUGGAGAGAAGGAGGAGGAGGGAGAGGGGGGCUCGCAGCCGCUGGGACAAGAACAUGACUUGAAGAUGAGCUGUCCUCCGGGGGAAUCUGAAGAGAAAGAGUCUCCAUCGUCUGAGGAAUUGGAGUGUAAGAUCUGUUACCAGCGCUACAAUGUUCACAACCGCAAGCCUAAGAUCUUGGACUGCCUGCACCGCGUGUGUGGCCGCUGUCUCAUUAAAAUCCUGGACAAUGCUGACGCGGCAGGCUCGGUCCCCUGCCCAUUUUGUCGCCACCAGACCGAAGUCACAGAGUAUGAGGUGUCAGCGCUUCCAGACGACUCGAACAUCAUGUCCCAUUUGGCAUGUAGGGAUAAAUCCACCAGCUCAGAUCUCAACAGGGAAGUAGUCCUGACUCCAAAAAGCUUCUCCUCCUCCAGUCCUUCUCAAGAGUCAUCUAACUGUCUGGUCAUCACAAUUAUGGAGGUGCCCAGAAACUCCAGAUCUCCAAGUCGCAAUGGAAGCUCUGAUGUUUACGCCGAACAAAGUCUGGACUCGCUUUCAAUUGGGUCUAAUGGGACAGCUGAACAGGACGCAUUGUCAAAGUUGUGUAAUCAUGUACCACGUAUACUUGUCUGGCUGCUGGGGUUCUUAUAUUUUGGGUCGUUGCCAUUAGGGAUCUAUUUAUUGGUGAUUCAGAGAGUAACACUGGGCAUUGUGUGUGUGAGCCUGGUGCCCUCGAGCCUUACUGUAUGUCUAGUUUAUGGCUUUUGUCAGUGUCUAUGUCAAGGCAUGUGUGAUUGCUCCACUAGAAGUCAAUAAUAAUCACUGAAGUAAUCAAAUCCAGGUGUUGUUAGUGAUGGGACUUCCUGUAGACAAUGUUUAGUUUGGCCGACCGGACUGAACCAACAAAUCCCAUAUAUACUCUUUAAAAUGUUGUGAUAGCCCAUAUGACACUGUGGUCGCAUUUUAAAAGUAGUUUUUUCUUACUAAUUGGAUUAUAACUGCAGUUAAGAUGACAUAAACCUGAUCCAAGAAAUACAAUUUAGAUUUUUAUGUGUAUGUAUGUUUGUUGUGUUUUUGUGUUGACAUAAUACAAAUCCAUGAAAUUGUGAUAAUCUAUGUGCAAUUUACGUCUGUACCUCUUUAGGGUUAAAUGAGUCAUUUUUAUCCAAGGGACUUUAUAUAUUCAAAUGUUCAGCCUAACUUGUGUAAUACAUCUGUCUUUUUUAAGCGUGCACAUGUUAUCUGAAGAGCAUUCUCCACAUUGGAACAAAUAACUGGUUGAUAAUGUGAGCGGUAAAUUGCUGCCCACAAAAGUGCCAAAGUGCUCUGUUCGCCUCAAAUACACAGUUUGGCUUGUUAAAAGUCAAGAUGGCGACAUUUAGUUGUCAAAACAGAUAUUUACACCAGCUAAAAACAGUAAUAAUCAUCGCGAUUUCUGCAGCUGCACAACUGUGACCAAUCAUUCCUAAAAUACAGUAAUUAAUUUAUACAAAGUGUAGCAAUAAGUGUUCUGACUCAGCAAGAGGCAAUCCAUAAUAAAGCAUAGGCCAUUCUAAACCUCAUCUGUAUGUUUAACAAAAGCAAAGUCCAAUGUUAACUGUGUUGCUGUGUAUUUUUUGAAACUGUUCAUUGAAUGAGAAAUGGUGACAUGCUUUGUGCUCUAAAUGUUGAAUAGAGACUUUGU